AUGGCCCUGUGCCUAAAGCAGGUGUUCGCCAAGGACAAGACUUUCCGGCCGCGGAAGCGCUUCGAGCCGGGCACACAGCGUUUUGAGCUGUACAAGAAGGCACAGGCGUCGCUGAAGUCCGGCCUGGACCUGCGCAGUGUGGUGCGGCUGCCGCCGGGCGAGAACAUUGACGACUGGAUCGCUGUGCACGUGGUGGACUUCUUUAACCGCAUCAACCUCAUCUAUGGCACCAUGGCUGAGCGCUGCAGCGAGACCAGCUGCCCGGUGAUGGCCGGAGGGCCCCGCUACGAGUACCGCUGGCAGGACGAGCGGCAGUACCGGCGGCCAGCCAAGCUCCCGGCACCGCGCUACAUGGCCUUACUCAUGGACUGGAUCGAGGGCCUCAUCAAUGAUGAGGAUGUCUUUCCCACUCGCGUUGGAGUUCCCUUUCCCAAAAACUUCCAGCAGGUCUGCACCAAGAUCCUGACCCGCCUCUUUCGAGUCUUUGUCCAUGUCUACAUCCACCACUUCGACAGCAUCCUCAGCAUGGGGGCCGAGGCACAUGUCAACACCUGCUACAAGCACUUCUACUACUUCAUCCGAGAGUUCAGCCUGGUGGACCAGCGGGAGCUGGAGCCACUGAGGGAGAUGACAGAGCGGAUCUGUCACUGA